UCAGAUUUUGUGCUCCCACACGGAAACUGUUACCCACCGCACCGAUGAACAUGGCAGCCUCCGCGAGGAGUUUACUGAGAGUCUUGGCUGGAUGUCAGCAGCAGCUUCUCAUCCCCAAAGCUUUAUCUUCUUUAUGUCCGUCACAUAAUGCAGCUAGACAUCAUCCUAUGAGGUCUUAUGCUGCCGCAGCAGCCAAACCGGCUAAGAAAGAAAGGAGAUUUGAAAAGGGAGCAGCAAAGGAAGUAAAGCCAGAAGAAAAAAAGAAGAAGAAGGAGAAACAGAAGAUCGAUGAUACGGGUCGUCAUAAGCCGUACGGUCUGACGGCCUGGGAGCCGAUCGAUGACGUGUAUGUAGUGAGGCACUACCCUAAACCCAUGUAUGAUGCAGACGUAGCAGUGGACAUGCUAAAGAGCUUUCAGAAGCUGGACUUUACCCCUGAAGAUCAGCCUAUUUACAUUGAACUAAAGCUGGAUAUGAAACUAGAGAAAAAGAAAAAAGUAGACCCCUUUGUUAGCACUGUCCAUUUACCUCAUCCAUUUAAAACUAAUCUGAAUAAAGUGGUUGUCUUCACAGAGGAUCCAGAAGAAGCCAGAGUGGCCACUGAGCAUGGAGCAUCUAUAGCGGGCGGAGCAGAGCUUGUAGAGAAGAUAUUGGAAGAUGAGAUCACAGCAGACUUUUACCUGGCUGUUCCCGACAUCAUCCCGAAGCUCCUGCCUUUAAAAAACAAACUGAGGAAGAAGUUCCCGAAAAGUAAACGAGGGUCAGUUGGGGUGAACAUUCCUAAAAUGCUGCAGCUGUUCAGGAGUGGACAUGAGUACAUGGUGGAGAGGGACGAAUACGUCGUCACGCAAGUCGGAAGACUGGACAUGCCAAGGGAACAAAUCCUAGAGAACAUGCGGAUCAUCAUUCAGGACGUUGCAUCCCACAAACCAGCAGAAUUUGGUUCCAUUAUCGAGAAAGCCAUCACAAACAGCGAGACCAGCGAGGCUUUGCGCAUCAAAUAUGAAGCGUUUUUACAGCAAGACCUGAAGGAAGCCUGAUUAAAGUGUUUAGUGGGUAUAUUUCAUUGUGUAAUGGCAUAUUGUAUAAUGUAAUAAAGUUUCUCAAAUGUGUAA